AUGCAGCUUGCGAUCUAUUGGAUAUCUUCUUCGCAGAACCUGACUGUUAUCCGUGCUUCGAUCACAGUCCCUUUGCUCGCGGCAAUGCUCUGGUGUGUGGCUCAGACAGCUGGUGACCGGCAAUUCUAUUUGCCUGGAUCCCGCGAGCGGGUGGCUCAUCGUCUCUAUCGUCUAACCAUAUCGUUGUUACGAGAGCGAGAUAUGGACAACUGGCAUCGUGUGCAUGGUGGCUGGGAACUAGAAGACAACUAUCUCGACACGGACUGUAGCAACAGACCGCGACGAAUCUUUAGCACCGGGCCGACCCCUACAGUGGACGAUGUGUUAGCCUUUGUUCUUCUGGCUGUUGUCAUCUCCGGCGGCGAGUUCAAGUCAGAUUGUAUAAAAUGGUGGAACAAAGCAGUAGGCCUGGUCAAGCAUCUUAAUCUUCACAAAGAGCCAUCGAUAUCAGACAAUACUGCACUUCACUUCGACACUGACCAGUCUAUCAUUAGAAAAUUGACCGAAAAGCAUGAAGAACAGCGGCGAACCUUCUGGCUAGUCUACCUAUUGGACAGACAUCUGGCCUUGUCACACAACCGGUCUUUGCACAUCUUGGACGCCGAAUGUGAAGUUUUCAGUCCCCUACCAGAACAUAUUUGGCAGAAACUGGAUAUUUUCGCUCUGGAAUCGCUACCACGACGCUCCUAUGGGCCGCCUACUAUGAUUACUGGGGUAGGCUUGUUUGAAUAUCUACUCCCAAUCAUGGCCAUCCUCGGCGAUAUUAUUGACUUUCGGUUUUGGCGCCAUCAUCCACGACUGAAAUGCGACGAAGAGACUACUUUAAAAGCCAUCAAGCUUGCUCUUGACCGUUGCGAUUGUAGCCUUACAAGAUUCUCCAAAUCACUUAAGUCAUUGGAGGACCCUUCUUCUAUCACCGCUUCAUUCCCUUCACAGACCAAUCGAGCAGACUUGGUUGUCGCGUAUGCGAGAUAUAUAAUCAAGGUCUUGUAUGUUCUACUCUAUGGGAACUGGGACGCUAUCUCCAUGCUUCAAGAUAGUGGCGACUGGAUAUUAUCACCUGCGUUCUCUGAGUGCGCCUCAAAUUCCAUUGCCGCAGCCGAGGCAAUAGCCAAUAUCCUAAACCUUGACCCUGAGCUGUCAUUUAUGUCCUACUUAUUGGGUAUUUAUCUCUUUCACGGUAGCUUUAUUCUACUACUGUUUGCGGAGCGAAUGCCUCAGAUUGGCCACAAUCCCUCGGUGGAGCAUGCUUGCGAGGUUAUUAUUCGAGCGCAUGAGAUCUCGAUCGUCACCCUGAGCACGGAUUUUCAGGUAAAUACCUUCUUUCAUCCAGUUUUCAAGUAUCUGACAGAUUUCUAG